AUGUCUACAAAAAUUCCUUUUGAAAAAUUCACGGAACAGCUUUACCGGGAAUUACAUGCCUUGUCCGCAGAGUCAAAGCGCAGAAAUGCGGAAAUCAAACAUGCUAGCGACAAAUCCCAGGAAAUCCUGAAGGUCGUCACCGGGUUUGACGACCUUACGCGACACCCUGACUUUGUGGUGCCAUUCGUGCUAUCUUGUGCCUCCAGAAAUGCUAAACUCACCACGAUCUCGAUGCAAUGCCUGCAGAAACUUUCCUCGGUCAAGUGUCUCCCCAGUGAACGAAUUGAAGAUGUGCUCAAUGCAUUUAUAGAUUCUACGCAUUUAGCGGUGGAAAUCCAACUAAAAGUUUUGCAAAUAAUUCCUAUUUUCUUCAAAACCUAUGACUAUGCCAUCACAGGCAAAUCGUGUUCUAAGCUUUUGCAAUGCUGCUCGAGUCUCUUACAACAACCCAACAAGGCACCAAUGGUUGUUGGUACCGCUAGCGCAACUCUUCAGCAAUUGAUCAAUGAUAUCUUAGACAGAGCCAUCAUACCAGAAGAGAGUCCAACUAUGCGCGUAGCUAUAAACAAUACUGACUCUAUUGAAGUUGGCGCCUUCCGCUACGAUGCCAACCGGCUAUUCUUUGACCUUUGUAAUCUGAAAAGUGGGUCUUACACUAGUCAGGAUAGCAUUCUGAAUAUCGAGAGUAUAUCAGAAGACUAUGGCCUCGAAAUAAUAGAAAGUGUACUCAACAAUCAUUAUAAGUUGUUUGAGGAAUGUGCUGAUCUACAAUUCAUUCUGAAAACUAGAGCUGUACCACUUUUUCUGAGGUCAAUCUCGGCAUCUAAUAAUUUCCCGAUAGUGAUCAGAAGCGCCAGGUGUUUGGUAGUGCUUAUCAGACAAGAGUUUUUGAAAGUUUUAGAGCUUGAGCUUGAGAUUAUUCUGUUUUUAUUAAUAAACAUUCUAUCCAACGAAAUAGAGUCGCCAUUAUGGAAAAAAAUCAUUGCUUUAGAGAUAUUUCAGCUUGUCUCUAGGAAAUUCGACCUCAUACUGGGCAUAUUCAAAUGCUAUGAUAUAUUUCCAGAUCGCAAACAAAUAUUGACAAGUUUAUUGCACGCAUUUCAAAAUUUGUUGAACUCAAAAGAAUAUCAGAACUACUUGAACAUUUCGCCGGUGCUGGCCAAAGGUGGAACUUCAGUGAUAUCGCAAGAUAACUCGGUAGCCAAAAUUCCUCUUAUCGAACUUCUCGAUAAACCAGGACCUUCCCUCAUUGACCAAACCUAUGUUGUGUAUUUGAUUCUAUCAGUCACUAAUCAAAUUUCUGACGGCAUUGGCUCUUAUGCCGCCAAAAUCUACCAGAAGGAAUCAGAAAAUAAUGACCCUGACGCAUUCAAAGCGAUGUACAGUAGCCUCUUUGCGGCUCUUUUUUCCCUGCAUAAGGCAUUCCUAUAUUCUUCCACCUUAGACACUCCUCUUUUUCACUCAGUUAUAAGGGCAUUUCAAAAAAUAUCGCAUGCGGCUGGAAUUCUUGAACUUAACGACAAAUUGAACGAAUGUCUGAACUUGUUUGGUGUCGCUGCGGUAAAUGGGUGUACGCAGAGCUCAGAAGUCUUGACGACGAGCAGUGCUGAUCACAGUGUAAAUGCAGCAACGGCGGUACUCAAUACAAUCAGCGGAUCAUUGAUAGGUCAGGGUCAACAACCAAAAGAAUACACAGAUGAGUUUUCUUGGAGCCCGCGUUCAAUUCAUCCUCGAGCUGUAAGCGUUUUCAGAGCAUUAGUUUCGCUUUCGAUAUCAUUAGGUUCUAGUUUUGAUUGUCAAAAUUGGAGUAAUUUUUUGAAAACCUGGCAGUGGAUGGCAUACUAUUUUGAUGGUCUUUCAAGAGAUUAUGAAGGCUCCCACCAUAAUCCAAGCAUCGUUCAUGGCUCUCAAAUAUCAAAUUCGGAUGUACUUGCGGCUAAGACAAGCAUUUCAAAGUUUUGCGAGAGCACACAGUACUAUUCAAAUCAGAGCUUCUAUAAGUUGACACAAAGUUUGAUCUACCAGGCAUCAGAUUGUCUUAAAUUGGUAGAAAGUCAAGAUUCAUCGGAUGGCCACGCGCCUACUGAUGGACAGGGCCAACUUUCCAUCUGCGCUUACAACGAAGACUUUUUUAUCGUGCAAUUAGGUGAGCUCAGCCGCCUCAACAUAACAAGGCUCCUUAAAGAAAGCAAGGGACGGCCAAAUUGGAACCUAGUCAUUGAAUAUCUGGUCGAUGUGGCAGCUAGCAGAAGAUACAAAAAUGAGUCGCUACGAUUAUGUGCGGUUGAUGUGCUCAACGAAAUAAUAGGGACAGCUGCAAAGGAAUCCACUAAGCUCGACUCCACUUCGGGUUUUGAUCCCGAGGCACUUGAAAGCACAUUGUUGAUGGCAAUGGCGAAAUUAACUGAAAAAAUAGUAGUAUUGGGGCGCUCAAGAGAGGCAGUUCACAAUGGUUUCAUAGAAUCAGAGUGUGAUAUAGUUUUCCAAGUGCUUCGCACCUUAAAGGGAUUAUUAGACGUUUUUGGAGAUUCUUUGAAAACUUCGUGGGACACAGUUUUCAGUAUACUAAACUCUCCAUUCGAAGUUAUACGUCAAAACUCUGCUCUUCAAUCUUCAAUUCUUGAAGAAGAUAGCUCAAUUUUAGAUGUUAUCACAUCAAAGCACAAGGGUAUGACACAGGUCUCAUUCGACGUCUUCAAGCUCAUAUUUGAUGAUUUUCUACAGACUUUACCUUUAGGUGUCUUUAAAGAUGUGAUUGACACAUUAUCAAACUUUGUCAGACAGGACCGAGACUUGAACAUUUCCUUUUCGUCAAUAAGUCAAUUUUGGCUGAUUGGUGACUACUUGAGAACAUGCAUAUCAAAAAACGACAGGCAAUUUACGGAUUCGCAAACGUCUGAUUUUGUAAAGAGCGUAGAGCAAGGGAAGCUUGUCAAUUUGAUUAGGUCGCGCAGCGAUGAACCAAAUGGUAUGUUUUAUGGAUUAUGGCUCUAUCUACUGAAAACAUUGGUGGAGUGCACUGACGACCCUAGAGUUGAAGUGAAAAAUGGUGCAAUCCAAACCUUUUUCAGGAUUGUAGACUCCCAUUCGAGCUCCUUUCCGCCUUGGGAACUGAUCAUUCAGGAAGUAAUGAAACCUCUAUUGAGUCAACGCCUCAUUUUCGAAGAGUACUUGAAAAGCACUGAGUUCAUUGAUUUGACAUUGAAAGGAUUGGUUCAAAUGUACUCCAACUACUUUACGAAUUUUUCUGAAACUUCGGAUUUUGUUGAAGUGUGGGAAUUAUUGGUUCAGUAUAUGGCAGAAUUGCUCAGAUUACCAUCGUUUGAGAUAUCAUUCAUCGUUUUGAGCAAUUUACAAUCUUUGUUGAAGGCACUGCAGAAAGUACCAAGACUUCCUAAUCUAAUUGUGCUGGAAAUCUAUGAAAUGUGGGGUAGCUACAACAUGGUUUACACCGACUCAUCCAAGUCGACAGAGUUUAAACGGAAAACAAACUACGAAUGCGUCGAAGAACUUAUCCGAUGUUAUCCUUUUUUGCAUCAGCUCUUGAGCAAUGCAUCUCUUCUGAGUAAUGAGAAGGUUGAAAAGACUCUGACACUACUGAAUUCGGCAGCAAGAUAUCCGUUGCUACCUGAGUUUUCAACCGAUAGCCAAAAACCUUCAUCCUUACAGCAAGCGGUACUUGAAUCAGUAAAGGUUUUCGAAUUGGGGCAAAGUUCUGAAAUAGAACUACUAAUUUUGAACCAGAUUAGCACCAUAGUCGCACUUCCGUUCGAAACAAGAAAUCGCAUUGAAAUGAAACUUGGUCCAAGACUGAGCUCAGCAUCGAAGAAGAGGAUACCUUCAUUUGAAGCAAUAAGUUAUGAAGUUUGUGAAUACUUGACGCAGAGGCUCAAGAAUACGAGCGACUUUGACGCUCAAUUUGUAACUUCCAAAAAGCUUUUGAAGCUUUUGAAAAACUUGAGCGUUCCUGUUGCUUGCAAGUCACUAAUUGGUAACAAGCAAGGCGGAUCGGCUGCUUUGUGGACGAUUUCGUCGAACUGCUUCUAUCUGAUUGCUGAUAAAAUUUUACGUGCGUUGAAUAGCACAGAAAUUGAGAGUUCUGUCUCGGAGGAUAUUCAAAAGUCAUUUAUGGAUCUUUUCAUAGAGGUUGCCAUUGCGCCAUUAAAACGCAUUGAUCCGGUCAUUGAUGGAAUUACAGAAGCCUGUGACAUUGAGGAAUUUGAGCAAUACCGUAACCUUUUGCUCAAAAAUCUUCGCACUAACUUCCCCCUGGAAAGUCAUCUCGAAAAGUAUAUGUCUGCCGUGUGGUCAGCUUCUUUUUUCCAUGAAGUCGACGAUAUCGAAGAUGCUCUUAUUAGAGAAAGUGACUCACUUCAUGAAGUAGCAGCAAAACUAGCUAAUUUCCCUUUUGAUGAGGUUUUGGGAUCGACACAAGAGCAGGUGCUUUUGAGCAAAUAUAAAACUGCUUCGAUAUGUCUCCGCAACUUGAUGGAGAUCGCUAAAUUUGAAGGAUUAGGCCACGACAGACUGAGAUCGGUUUGCGUACCGUUCAUGGUGGCGCGAUACGCUUUCAUCAUGCGCAGGUAUAUUUCUGAUGUGAUACUGUUAAAUCGCAAGCCAAUUGCAAAAGAUAGAAAAACGGAGGUCGUUCUGGUAUUGAGCGGCCUCAAAGAAGUCCUCGAUUGUGUCGCCAGAACGAAGGGUGCACCCGGGUAUGAUGGCACUAUUCAAAAUCUGGAAGUUCUGUACCCAUUGGUUCUCAGGACCAUCCCAGCAUCCCACAAAAUAGAAGGCCUUCAAGCCAUUGUACAAGAGCUUUCGCUGGAUUUUACAAAGCUUUUAAGAUAG